AUGGACAGAAACAAUGAAAAGCAGAUAGAGAGUGCCAACGAUGUUGAUGAUUCUAAGAGGGUAGUGUUAACUUCAAAAGUAGGCGGUGAACGUUUUGAAGUUGAUAAGGAUUUGUUGCUACAAACCAGCGAAUACUACAAGGCUCUCGUAAACAGUGGAAUGCGAGAUGCACAUUGCAAGGAACUUACAUUGGGAUUGCUGUCAGAUGAGAGUUUGACCGAGAUUCGAGAAUUUUUAUCAAUAUUUCAAGUUGAUGAUAAAAAUACGAAGUGGAAAUCACGCAAGAUGUGGGAAGAAGGGUUGAAAGGAGCAUCGUAUCUGCAAAUUUCAAGCAUGAGUCACAUGUACAAUGAUUUUAUGUCCAGAUAUUUGAAGAUCUCAACAUUUGCGCGCAUCUUCAAAUUUGCAACCAUAUACAUGUUACAUGAUACUUUUAGAAAAGUUCUUGAUUUUAUUUCGGAGAAUUUCAGAAAACUUCAAUUGAGAUCCGAAAUGUUAAAGUUGGCACCGGAUGACAUUUGUUACUUGCUUGAGUCGGAUUAUUUCAAUGCAGAAAGCGAAUUUGAUAUCUUCAAUUUUAUUAUUCGUUGGAUAUCUACCGAUGAAUCAAGAAGACAACAUGCAGAAAAAUUGUUAACCAGGGUGAGGUAUGGUCUGAUGACAACCGGCGAAAGGCAGAGAAGUAACGAAAUACUUGAUGAACUCGAACUGAGCAUUUACAAAAAUGAAGAUGUUGUAGAAAAUUUCCGCUCAGUCGGAACCAUAUUUGCUCUUGGAUCAAGUGCUAACAAGAAUAUCCACUAUCAAGAAUUCCAGUCAAUCUCGGUUCAUGAUUUCCUUAAAUUGACCGAAAAUGAAAACAAGACAGGAUCAUCCACUCUUCAAUUCCAAAAAUCCGGAAGAUUGGGACCACCUCUGCUUUGGUCGAGUUAUAAAACAUGCAUGCUUGACAACUGCUUGUAUGUGGCUGGAGGAGUCAGACAUUACUCAUUAAUUACGGAGGAAGUAUGGGUUUACAAACCCGUCACGGCCAUCUGGACAAAGGUUCGUAAUAUGUACAUUGCAAGGAAAGAAUUUUAUUUUGGUGAAAUGGGUGGACUAUUAUAUGCCGUUGGUGGCCGCACGCCAAUUUUACUCACCCCAUUUUCUGAAAUAUACAACCCUCGAUACAAUAAAUGGGUCCUAACCGCCUUACAGCCUAUUGAAUUUUAUAGAUUGGCAGGUUGUGCGUGCAACGGCCUACUGUAUUUGAGUGGCGGAUUGACCGAGUCUGGUUCUUCAGACCUGGUAUGGCGGUACAAUCCUGGCUUAAACAAUUGGACCGAGAUGGCUCGAAUGCUGACUAAACGAUCAGACCACAUUAUGGCCUGCAUAGACAACAAAAUCUUCGUAAUUGGCGGGUCAAUAUGUGAUUUAGAGUUCUUCAAUUGUUCUGAUGUCAUGUCGGGAGAGAUGUACGAUUGUGAGGCAAAUCAGUGGACAAAAUUGCUGACAUUGAAGAUGCCUGUCUUCGACAACGUCUUCCUCACAAUUGACAACUGCAUCUAUAUCAUAGGAGAGGAAUUAAACAGUGACAAUGACUCCAGUAGCUUUUUCGUCCAGAAAAUUAACUUGAGGAAGUAUUUGGAAAAGAUAACUAGGUCCAGACAUGAUGACAGCAACACUAACGAUGCUGCCAUCAAUAACCAUGAUGAUGGGUGCCAAAUUUUCAGUUGCAACAACAGGUUGAGUUAUUAUUAUUUUUUCGGCAUUAUGAAGAGGUCGACGUAA